AUGGAAUUCAAGCCAAAGAAAGUUCAAGAGAAUCCGUCUGGUUGCUAUUUGUUUGAACGUCAGCUCAUUAGGGGCUGUCAGUACGGCUUCCUCGCGGUUGCUCAACUGGUGGCAUUGUCUGUGCCUGUAUGUAUAUCUUACACAGAUGACCAGAGGCAAUUGACUCCAAGACACUGGUGGUUCGAUCAGAAAUAUGUUAAAACCUCUCCGCCUGUCUCCUUACGGUCGCGAGCCUUCUGGCAUUGUGGGAGUCUGAUGGAGUUUGAUGACCAGAGUCCAUGGUCAUCAACAUCUGGUUCACCUGUUGCCCGCUUGCACAGUAAAAUAAUACAACAAAUGCAAGGCUUAAAUUGUUUGCAAUUAUAA